AUGGAUGUGUUAGGUGUUCAGACUCCUGGUUUCACCGCUGCUGUGCGACUUGGGGCUGAACUCUUGAGAAAUUGGUAUGAUCACUGUGCCGCUUGGUGUGGGCCAGUAUACCUCUCUUCCCCCUGUGACGACUCUUUGGCUGGUAUCUUCCAGGCAGCGGGGAUCCAAGAUAUCCGUGAGUAUUAUUACUGGGAUGACCAGCAGCGGGGCGUUUGCUUGGAUAAGCUGCUGGAGGAUCUGGAGAAGGCUCCGGAGCGAAGCGUUGUUGUUCUGUCAGCGUCUGCACACUAUCCCACCGGAGCAGACCUCUCUCACAAUCAAUGGGCUGUGAUUACAGAACUCAUCAUGAGGCGCAGGCUUUUUCCGUUCCUCUUGCUGCCUCCUCAGGCGCUCUGCUAUGGAAAUGUGGAGCGGGAGGCCUGGCCUGUUCAGUACUGCGCCUCGCAGGGGAUGGAGCUGCUCUGUGCUCAGUCCUUCUCCCACUGCUUCGGACUAUAUGGCGAGGCUGUCGGUCACCUGCUGUGCGUGUUGAAGCAGAACUCCCUCCUGUUAUCUGUGCAGUCUCAAGCUGCCACAAUAGUCAAGUCACUGUGGGCACAGCCGUCCGCAGGAGGAGCAACUAUUGUGGCCACAGUGCUCAGUAACCCAGCACAUGUUGUUGAAUGGAAGGAAGAAGUGAAGCACAUUGUGGAGCGAUGUAUGCUGAUCAGAGAGCUGUUGAGAGAAAGGCUGAGGCUUCUGGGAGCUCCAGGCUGUUGGGACCGUCUGACUCAACAGAGCGGACUCUACUGUAACACCGGAUUGAAUGAGGAGCAGGUAGAGUUUCUGUCCCAGAGGAGACAUGUGUACCUGCUCCCCAGCGGCUGUCUCAAUGUGAGCGCAAUCAACGGGCGUAACUUGGAUUAUAUAGCCGAGUCCAUCCAUCGGGCCCUGACCACUUCUCUCUGACCAUGUGGCUUUUGAAUCAAGCUCUACAAUCAGAGUCAAAGGGGCUUUCCCGUCCCGACUGCAGCUCUCAUCUAGAUCGAUCUAAUCCAUGGGUCAUUUUGAAAAGCUCUCUUUCAAGGUUACUAUGAUCACAGUUUCAGCUCUGGCUAUUGCAGAGUGUCCCUGACUUCUUAUGAGAAAGGUGCAAUCUUUAGUAAUUGUAACAGACAGUGUAACCCCUUCUGGUGAGAAGACCCGAGUAUAAGAUGUGUUCAUGUGCCCUGUAAUGUAUGUAUUGAUUAGGUCAGUCAUAUAGAUAAAAGAAAAUGACAGCAGUGAUGUAAACUUCAUUUUUUAGAUGUUGUUACUUUAGCUGGAGAGUCUGUAUAAGGUGCAGUGUCUAAAGCCAGCAGUUUAUUAACUAAAAUUACGUUGUUAGCUUGGUUUAGAACUAUUAUCUUGGAUCUAAUUUGUUUAAUUCUUACAAAAAAAUAAAUAUAGAAAUAUCUUUUUGUGAAGUUACAAGGGGAAAAAACACAAAUUGACGUUUUUACAUCUUUGUUUUUAUGCCAAUUAAAGAAAAAAGACAAACAUUAGAGAGAUCUUUUCAAGCAAAUAAGUGCAUGUACUGUAAUGUCAAACUCUCCAUUUAACUAUAUAAUUGACGUGUUCUGUAUAUGUUAAUGUCAUGAAUGGA